AUGACCGAACAUCAAAUAGUUUCAGUAGAUUCCAGUACACAAAUAAACGAAAAAGAUACCUUAUUUCCUUAUAAACUAUUUACAUCUGGUCUACCAAGACAACAAGAUGAAUCUUCAUUAAAAUACCAUUUCAGGAAAUUAUUUACCGUCAAGACAUUGAAGAUUUUGGAUAAUGACAAAAAGGCCGAAUUUAAAACACCUCUUACUUGGUUUGAUUUAACAAUGCUUGGCCUAGGUGGAAUUAUUGGAGGCGGAAUUUUUGUACUAAGCGGCCAAAGUGCUGCGACUACUGCGGGACCAGCUGUUGUACUAUCAUUUGUUUUGGCUGGUUUGGUUUCGGCUUUUGCUGCAUUAUCUUAUAGCGAAUUAGCUUCAAUGAUACCUGUUGCGGGUUCAGCGUAUACAUACGCUUAUGCAACUAUGGGUGAACUAGUUGCUUGGAUUAUCGGUUGGGAUUUGAUUCUUGAGUAUUUAGUUGCUGCCGCGGCUGUUUCAGUUUCCUUCUCGGGAUAUUUUGUUGAUUUUUUCAGCACUGCUUUCAAUGUUAACCUUUCACCGUCAUGGACAGCCAGCCCACUAAUAUUCAACUCUACAGCUGACUCAUUUCAAAUAAUUCCUGGUUCCUAUUUCAAUGUACCAGCCUUUUCACUUAUGAUAUUUCUCACAAUCCUAAUAAUAGUUGGAAUUAAAGAAACUGCAACAUUCAAUAAUAUAAUGGUGACAAUAAAAGUUCUCAUAAUAGUAAUAUUCAUUCUCGCAGGGAUUCCUUAUAUUAAUAAAGAAAAUUAUGAACCUUUUGUACCACCUAACGAAGGACACUUUGAUAAAUUUGGAGGUACUGGUAUCUUGGCAGCAGCAACUGUUGUGUUUUUUGCUUACGUAGGAUUCGAUGCAGUGAGUACUGUUUCACAAGAGUCAAAGAAUCCUCGAAAGGAUGUACCAAUUGGAAUUCUUACAAGUCUUGGUAUUGUCACCGUUCUCUAUAUUUCUUUUAGUCUUGUUUUAACAGGCCUCGUGCCAUAUGCACAAUUGGGUACUAGUGCACCUGCUGCGACCGCGGCUAAAUUUAUUGGAAUGAGAUGGCUUACAAUACUUGUAGAUUUGGGUGCUAUGAUAGGCUUAUUAUCAGUCGCUUUGGUUUGUAUAACAGGUCAAACUAGAAUUUUUUAUGCAAUGGGAAGCGACAACUUACUUUUUCCAAGUUUCACAACAAAAUUACACCCACGUUUCAAAACACCUUACUUAGCAACGGCAUUAGUCGGAAUAGCGGGUGCAGUGACGUCAGCAAUCCUUCCGAUUGACGUUCUAGCCGAUUUAACGUCAGUAGGCACGGCAUUAGCAUUUUUCAUUGUAAACAUAGGUGUUACAAUAUUGAGAUUCACAAAUCCAGAUGCACCUAGAGGAUUUAAGGUGCCUGGUGGGCCAUUUCUUUUACCAAUUACUGGUGCUUUAUUGACUUUAUUGUUGUUAGCAAGUGCAAAAAAAGUUAGCAUUGAAAGGUUAUUCAUUUGGAUGGCGGUUGGGUUGAUACUUUAUGGAUUAUAUGGUAGAAGAUAUUCUAAAGUUAAUCAGAAGGCGUAA